AUGACACUCCCCACCUGCAUGCGCUAUGCAGUGGACUUGUUCCGCCAGGCUGAUACCGCAUCCAGUGCAAUGGCACCUGCAUCCCAUCCUCCCCGCUGGGCCAUCCCGCUGGUAGCCGGUCUUGCCGCCCCGAUCGGCCUGUACAUGACCUUCAUCUUUCUCGGAGCCUUCCCCUUCUUCCAGAGACAUUUCUUGUAUGCCCAUAAGAUCAACACCCUAUUCUGGCAUGAUGUCAACAAGCCCGAGUAUUGGGGCUUUGCCAGAAACCAAGUCACCCCAUUUUCGCUGGACACAGCUGACGGCGAGAGUCUUUUCGCUUGGCAUAUACUGCCGUUGCCCACCUACUUGCGCAACGAGGACAAGCUCCAGGCAGCACCGGCAGGCUUCUCCAAGGACUUCGCUGCCACCGAGUCGUUCAAAAUACUGCACGAUGAUCCCAAGGCACGUCUAGUUAUCUGCUUUCACGGGAAUGCCGGCCACGUGGCUCAGGGGUUUCGUCCGGGCAGCUACCAUACUCUCACAGACACUUCAACAUACCAUGUCUUAGCUAUCGAUUAUCGCGGCUUCGGCAAGUCUACGGGCGCUCCUAAUGAAGCAGGACUCAUCAACGACGGUACCGCCGCGGUGGACUGGGCUAUAAAUGUUGCCAAGGUCCCUCCGAGCCGCAUUGUCAUCAUGGGCCAGAGCUUGGGCACAGCUGUCACGAGUGCCGUCGCAGAGCAUUACGCCAUGCAAGGCAUCGAGUUCGCCGGCGUCAUACUCGUUGCCGGCUUCUCCAAUCUCCCCACUCUGCUCAGCCGCUACACCGCGGGUGGUGUCAUCCCGGUGCUCUCGCCCAUGCGCUCGAUACCACCUCUGCUUCGAUUUGUCCAGAGCUUCAUCGUUGACAAGUGGAGGUCUUCGGACAGGCUCUCCACCGUCGUUGGCCUUACUCGCACCAGGCUUCGUCUGUCUCUGAUACAUGCCAAAAACGACAUGGAAAUCCCAUACUCGGAGACUGACACCCUGUUCCGGUCUGCCGCUUCCUCUUUGAUCGGCUCUGAACUGGACGACGAGGAUUUUGCCGAGUGGAAGAAACAAAACACCGUACUGCGGGAGGAUGGCACCUUUGUGGCUGAGGUCAAAGGGGACCACGAUGUCAUUAUCAGAGAAGAACUCGUUCCCUAUGGCGGUCACAACGAUGUCAUGCUAUCGUCCCCAGUGGCACUGGCUGUCAUGAGGUCGUUUGGCCUUCAUUCUGAGGAUGCACCUUAG